UUUUUGUUCUUGCGGCAAUCGGUAACGAGAGCGACGACGUCGGGAGUCCGACCAGCAGUGGAUAGACCAUGGCUGACCGUGGCGUUUACGGGGCACGAGUAUUCCGUGGCAAGGCGUGCGUGCGGUCAGCACUUUGCUCUUUCUGGACAUCACAGAGGGGAUGACGUCACGCGCGGGGAUCGAUGACGCGCAGCACAAGCACGCCGCGCCCUUUGUUUGCCCCGAGUGAGAAGUCUCCGUCACGGAGGUCGCGUACCUGGCAGCGGGGCUCCCAUGAUCGCGUUGGCUGAUGGCUUCGAUGAUUUUGUUUUACUUUGCUGUCGAGCUCCGCGUAACGUCUCCUCCGCCGUCAUCUCUGUCGCACCUCCGAUUACCACGGUUGGCUACGUGCGAUGCGAAAGAAGUUCAACGUGCGGACGUAUCCCGCGAGUUGCCGUUCCAACUCUCUCCGUAAUUAGCUUGAAGCUUAACAUGAAGGUUGAAUCAAUCUGCUCAAGAAAGUGAAGGUUAACAUCUAUUGCGGAAAAAUGAAUUCCAAGACAUUUAGAAGUCAAAUUACGGUCUCCAAUAUAAUAGUUUUCAUCACAUUACUUGCAGCUGUACUCCUCAUAUAUUGUUCAAAAGGAUAUUUUAAGAACACAUGGAACCUCAAAUCAUUACCACCAAAAGUUCACUACCAAAAUGCAUUAUUACUUCAAACAAACGAUACAAUCAGUGGUACAAUGACAUAUCCUUCAACAAAACAUAAAAUACCAAUUUCAACCAACAUCACUUGCUCUACAUUUGCAAAGAACAGUCGAAUCACAAUACUAAACGGAGGAGAACGUCACACCGUUGGAGACACACUCCAUGUUCAAGUGGUAAUGUAUGACUAUGGCAACAGAAGGAAGCUCUACGGUGGGGAUUUCCUCCUCGCUCGGAUUUUCAGCCCACGCCUUGGGGCUGCGUCUUCUGGCGUGGUGACUGACCUUGGCAAUGGUGUGUACGAUGUGAGGUUCACGCUCUUCUGGCCAGGAGACAGCAGGCUGGCCUUCACGCUCGUGCACUCCAGUGAGGCCGUGAGCGUGCUGGACAGAGUCCGAGAAACCAUUCCAGAUAAAGUCACUUUCCUGGGGACAUUUGUCAGUGGGAAGUCUAAAGAAGUAACUCCAUGCCACAUUUUUCUCAACAAUGCCGAGCAAGUCUGCGAUUUCACCGAUCCACAUUUACGUGAACCGUGGAUGUGUGAAAAACCAAGUACGCUUCCUUGUUCGUCUCUCCUCACUAUCAAAUCACGCAACAGGAACAUAUUUAGUCAAGAGGAAGGUCGUUUUUUUACAAGAGAAAAGAUAUGGAAGCCAAUUCCAUCUGCAUACAAAAUAGAUGUUGCUCCAGUAACUGACUUGUUGGAAAGCAGUUUGCCCAAUUGCAUCAUGGGGAUGGGGAACCCAAGUCCAAGUGGAUAUUACAUCAACAAUGCGUGGUGUUCGUCAUAUUGCAAAAUGAACUAUUUCUCUUCGCCAUCAUUGGUUCUGGGCUGUUUGAAGGGGAAAAACAUAUUUCUCCUUGGUGAUUCGACGAUAGGACAGUGGUUCAACUAUCUUGUUCAUUUCACCAAUGGUUUCAGACUUGUAGAUCGUUACAUUCCUGGAAAACAUAUGCCAAAUGUUGCCAUUAAUGAAGACAACAACAUUACAUUGAAUUGGUAUUGUCACAACUAUCCUUUUAUUGCCACGAAAGGAACUUACACAAAAGACUUCAGAUACGUAGCGAAUCGAAUUGAUAACAUUACCGGUGGGAGCGAUACGGUCGUAGCCAUCUCCCUCGGCGCUCAUUUCACGCCUUUCCCUCUGCACGUGUUUCAAACGAGAAUGCACAACAUUAAAGCGGCAGUGGAGAAACUCCUGAUUCGAAGCCCUGAAACGAAGGUCAUCGUUAAAUUAUCCAACGUGAGAGAAAACAGCGGAGUGGCGAUCUUUAAUAACUGGAACACAUUUAAGCUUAACCAAGUCCUCUUGGAACUGUUUAAAACCAUGAAUGUGGCAUUCAUUGAUGCAUGGGACAUGACCGCUGUACUCAACUCUGCUAAAAUUCACCCGAAUGAGCAUAUUGUUAAAAACCAAAUUGAUUCAUUUUUAUCUUUUGUUUGCUAGCCUUAUUUAACUCCAUAUGCAAUGGCAGUUAACUGUGGGAACCAGAUGGUUACAGUACUUAUUGCUUUACCUGGGAAAUACUGUACUGUUUCAUCCAUCUGUUAAUAGAAAGCCAUACAUUAUGAAAGUAUAAUUAUUGAAUGAAAUUUCUAAAACCCCUGAAACAAAUGCUAUAAACCUGAAUUAUAUCACUGUUAGGAUAUUCGAAAUGUAGGGCAGUUAAAUGUUUCAUUGAAAUGGUCAUUGGGCCCAAUAAUGCACUGCAAGAUGUAUUGCGCAUUGUCAUCAAAACAAGAACAAACCUUUUCGCAAUGCAUUGUUCCGGCAACAUUAACAUUUAACUUUUAAUAUAAAUCUGUUUAUUUACGAAUACUUUUCAUUAUUGAAGUGUGUGUCGAGUGCACAAUAUUUUACAAAUUCACAAGACUCCAUGGUGCUAAGUGUAGACUCUAACCUUUAUUAACUCUGUCUGUCUGGCCUCUAAGUGCUAUAACGAAGGGUCAUUUCCAGAAGGGUAACCUAUGACAGUAUACAGUGUAUAUAAACCUUUUUUCAUUUAAGUCCACUGUCAUUGACGUACAGUGGCGGCUCCUGCAAAAUCUCUAAGGGGGGGCAAAUGUCUGGAUGAUUGAUAAGGAUAAGGUCCACCCAUGCAAUGGAUAAAUUAACAGCUUAAGCAUGUAAAGGCAACUUCACUUCUUUAAUAUUAAUAAAAAAUAAAGUGACUCUUACAAUA